CUGUGGACCAAUAAAGCACCAAGUAGCAUUCAUUACCGGUGCCAUACUUUCCGGCUAGUAUCAGCCGUAGUUGGUAGAAUAUGAUCCAGAGUAGUUCAUUUUCCCAUAUUUUUCCAUAUUAUCUUUCACCUCCCUGCGAGUGCAGUGCCCGUGUGUGCGCGUUCUCGAAUGGCGAAUAACGUGGCCACGGACACCGAAAUCUGUCAAGUGAUUUUGAUCGCCAAAACCCUGUGGAGCGUGACGCCAUUCAUGCACUGCAAUUUGAACUCAGAUUGAACCAAUUCAAAUAUUUCAGGUGGAUCAACGUGCAUUUACCUGUAAGGUCAAGCAGAGUCAUCAGGUAACCACCAGUUAGGUAGGAGAUAGCCUCCAGAUGCCUUUGUUUCUCCAAAAGAAUACUGGGUUACAAAAAUGAUCGUGGGUUUAAUGAAACAGAAAAGUGCCCGUCGGAUAUUCAUUCUAGCUGUUUUGCUGGUUACCAUCACAGUGAUCUGUCAGCGGCUUUCACGGGAUGUUGCUCACUGGGAAGCGCUGCCAGAUAAUUUGAGGAGCAGAAUUAAAUGUGCCCCUCAUAGUGACGUGGUCGAAGACGAAAAUCAAGGCAGACGUUUUCCUCAGAGACAUUCUCAGAAUUUGACCAUCGUUUCAGCUUACAUCAACCUUGGUUCAGUCCCAAAAGGUAUUGUAGAAACUCGAAACACGGCCAAAUAUUUAAAAUGGGCGACUGUGUUCGGUCGUUUGGACAACGCUCUUGUGUUUUACACGGACUCUUCGGAGAUGAAGACGGUGGUCGAGAACAGUCGCCGUAUGUCAAGUUUUCCCACGCGAGUUAUAGAAGUGGAAGACCGGAACAAGCUCUGGGCGUUUGGACUCAAGGCCCAUAUCCAGGCAAUUUUCAGCAAUUUAUGGAACUUGAAGGCGAUACAGCCAGAAAAAUAUGCGGACUAUUCCAGUUCUCAACACGCAAAGUACGAAUUCAUGGAGGACGCCAUCAGCAGAGAUUUUUAUCACUCGGAAUAUUAUGCCUGGUUGGACGUUGGUUACUUCCGCGACAUUGUACAUCUUUCUCACCAUUUUACUCUUGAAAUCCCGUGUAAUUUUAACUCGUCAAAAAUAGCCUUUAAUGUGGUUGACCGUGACAUCUCUCUGUCCAGUAAGCCGGCCGACAUCAUGCUGGACACUCAGGUGUGGAUUGGCGGAGGUUUCUUCUUCGGCAGGAAAUCUGUCAUGUUGUCCUUCGCCAAACAGUACCGUCGAGCCGUCGAGGCAUUCAUCGCCCAGGGAAUAAUCAACACUGACCAGCAGGUCAUCUUCUCGCUUUUCAGCGACGAGGGAAGGAACGUGUUAAAACCGUCCGUUCAUAUUCAGUUGUACGUCCCAGACGGGGAUGUGAAUGAAUGGUUCUAUCUGGGAUAUCUGUGUAUGAAAAUAAAAGAAAUUGUAAAUCAGCGUGUGGUUGCUGCUACCCGAGAACCCCAUUGAAAAUGUAUUGAUCCAGAUCAGUUUUCUCCCUUUUUGACAGUUGUAGUUUUUUUCCUGUUCUUUUCUUCUUCCAAACACUCAACAAAUAGUUGUAGAGAACGAUUGUUCAUUGCUGUCAGACAAGGGGAAAAGUAGUACCGGAAUGCCUGACUCGUACGUUGUUGGAAUAAGGGCACGUUUGUCGUAAAUGAAUGUUGGGUGCGUGUCAGCGUAUCACUGUCCUUGGUUUGACAAACCUUUCACAAAUCCCACCACAAGCGGUGUGAUGUCACUAUGUCUGGCAAUCGCAUAAAAUGGUUGACAGACCGGGAAAAUUUGAUCGAGAGAAAACUUGACAUGACCUGGUCAAGAAAACCGACAGAAAUGGCCCUGGUAAGGAAAGUAUACUAGUUACUCUCCUUGUCCCAUACGAGUACUGGAUAACCACCACAAGGCACAAGAUUAACACUUCGAAAACGGACCAGAAAAGUCAUAAAUUUACUUUGACUUUCAAAGGACUUGUUCAUGCCGCUUAUGAGUGGUACACUGAGAAUACACUGUAUGGGUGCCAUUCAAAUGUGGAUUGAUCAAUUGAUUUAGUACGUUUAUUAGAUUAUUACCUUUCCAGCAAGGCAAAGGUAAAAAUAACUAUUGAAUGCUGUUCAAAGCAUAUUAAAAACAACAACGCUGCAUUGUAGGUGCAGCUUACUUUUAUUUAUUUCUUCCUGACUUUCCAAUCCUCUUCAUUGGAUUGUUAAGUCUUGGAUACACAGUAUCUGUAAAAGUAUGUUGCAAACGUUCUGUCGAAAUAUCCAAGGCCAAGUACAAAAAUAUGAGAUUUGUACAAAAAAUGUUGAUUUGUACAAAAAUUUUUGAGAAUUGUAUUAUGCAAACAGUAUACAUAUAUUUCACAUUGGUUGGUACCAUGAAUCAGCUCUACUUGCUUUUGAGAAAUGUUUUUCUUCAGGGGAGCGUUACGGGUCAGGAUAGAAAAAUUGCUCCAUUAUGGUUCUUCCAAGCAGUAUAUAUAAUUGUUCAGGACUUAAUAGUUCUCCAGCUCAAUUGCUUUUAGUCUCCACAGUACUUACUGCCUGGAUAACGUUAAAAUUUGUGGAUCAAGCUAUGGUUGGUGUUUUUACUCUGUGCUAUGUUUUUCACACAGCUUGUCCACAGGAAUGUUUUAUUUUAAAAGGAAAACGAGUUGAUUGGAUGGUUUACUCUCUCAUACCCUGGGCUCUGUAUACAUUAUAGUUUGGAAAUCACAGAUGUCAUAUUUUGGGGUUACAUCAGCUUUGUUCUUGUUCUUUAGUACCGCUGAACGGAUUUGAGUCAGAAUUCAAUAUUUUGAUAACUCAUUUGACCAUUAUAAGUGAUUAUUUAAAAGACAUUGAUGUCCUUUAUUUUAUUGAGUCUGUUUCAACACAACCGCGUUUAAAACAUUUUUUCCCGCCACGCAUCAGGCUUCAGACCCCAUUAAUUGUCCGUAAGCGACAAUAUUAACGUUUAGCGCUGGGCUCAGUUCCAACCAUUCCGUGGCCAAUAAGCUUUGGUGCAUACCUAG